AAAAGGGGUUCGAGCGGCCCAGGGGUUUCGGAUUCAAGCCCAUCAAACUAAACUGUUGAGAUGUUGAUGAAGGAUUCCAAUGAUGACCUGAGUUCACAAGCAGCCAACAAGCCUACCUAAGUAUUUAAUCUUUUUGGAUACAGAGGCUGAUGGAGACACCGACGCCGUUGCAGAUUCGGCGCAAGCCAAUCAAUGCGAAUAAUUCAAUUCCAGCUCCGCAACCGUCACGAACCGGCAGCCGUGAUCCUCUGAUUCCUCUUCAAGUUCCUGGCGUGGUCGGGAGUCACAAUACGGCGCCGACCUCUACCACCACCCCACCGGGCCGGAGCUUGCCCGAAUGGGGAUUUGAUUCUGGGGAAAAGCCGCCGCCACUCCCAACACGUCCCCGGCCGCAAUUGGAGCAAGAGUUAUGGCUCGACGUGCAACCUCCACCAAGACCCAUCUCCCGUGGCGCAGAAGUUGCCCACCCACAGCAGCCACACUUACAAAUUCCUCAUGGUCACGGCCUCCGGACGCAGAAGAGCAUGCCCGAGCUCUCACGGCUGGGCCCGGGCGUGCUCGCAACAGAACCGCCUCCCCCAAGCCCGUUCGAUGCCCAGCCAGCAACUCCGGCCGCCACUUUCGGGCCCGGUGUCAGUGCCGGGGCCGACAAGAAGUCUACCUUUAUGAAGACAGCCCUAAGUGAGGCGCGCCAUUUCGCUGGGGGCUUGAUCCCUCAUCCGAUUGAGUCGACAAAGCACUACACCAUCCUCCGCCACUCACCUCCGCUGAUUUUCUAUCGCGGACCGGGCACCUCGGUGGAGAUGACUAUUUUCAGCUCCCCAGACCACCCCCUCCCCGCAGAUCGCACUCUCUGGCUGCAGCAGCGGGGCUUCUCGGGAGACAGCGGGAUGAAGAUCAAGGCAUUCUUCAACGCCACCGAUAGCUGGUUGCAUGUGACGCCAUCGAACCAGGUCGAGAAACAACAACUUGCUGUCGACACCGACCGCGCCUGGCAGAGAGACAUUGGCAAGGCUGCAAAGAAGUUACUGAAGGAGAAAGGGCCGAAAAAGGCCCACGUUGUGAGGGAGACGCAUGUCAUCAGGGUCCCCGAGGCUUCCGACGAUGGAUAUUUCCGUCUCAUCCUCUGCACGGGGAAGGGGGUGCCCAACGAAAUGAAAGAGGGUUCAUCGAGAUGCAAGACGCUGUGCACUAGUCCCAUUUUCCGUGUUGCCAGCACGUCUACGGACUCCAGUGUGUUUCGGGGUGCCUCUCUAAGCACAAUGCCCCUGGAAAUGGGAGUCUACAUGGCGUCCAUGGUCGCCACCACGACCGUCAACCGAUACACCGCCCCGGUCCGGGACCCGGUGGAAGGCGUUAUUAACAAGGUCCGUCCGGGAUUCAUUACCGAGACGGUCGGCGGGCUUGUGCGCGACGAGCUGAGCGAGCGAUCCGCCGAACGGGAUGCGGAGCGCGACCAAGCGUACUUUGCGGCCCACCAAACCCACGUUGCCCGCUCCCUCACCGUCGACCCCAAUACCAUUUCCCCUAUUGGGCCGGACUCGGGCCCCGAACCGCCGUUCCCACUGCAGUUCCAAGGCAAAGUCGUCCCCGGCACCGGCCGCAGCCAAGCGGAGCUAGGCAUACCUACUGCGAACCUCGCCGACGUCCCGGACGAGAUCCGAUACCGCCUCAAUGGGGUCUACUUCGGCUGGGCACAGGUCCUCCCGCAAAGCAACAAAACCAGAACCAAAACUACAGACCAACCCCCCACCAUCUCCGACCCGACCUGGCACGAAGCAAUCAUCACCGUCACACCUCACAACCCCUCCAUCGCGCCCUCCGUCACCCCCAAACCGCUCGUGACAGCCCACCUCCUCAACUUCCCCCCUCCACCCUCUCCCAAUAACACCAACCCCAACCCCACCACCGCCAACACCACCACCAUCACACCAACACCACCAACCCUAACAAACCACACCCUCCACCUCCUCCCCCUCGGCCUCCUCCACCCCCUCCCCCCCAACUCAGCAUCCACCCCGAUCCCCACAAACACCAAACUCGACACCCACGCCCGCGACAUCUGCCUCACCCUCGUCAGCCUCGCCCGCCCAAACUGGGCGCCCGAUUCAACCGCAGUUCAGGCCGGGCUGGAACGGCAGCAGCAGGAAAAAGGGGUGGGGGAGCGGGUGGGGGAGAGGGUGCGUGGAGAGCUGCGGGCGAGGGCGGGCGGUGGUGGUGGUGGUGGUGGUGUGCUGCCGGCGGCGUCCCGGAGUAUGCUUUCUCAAAAAGUAAAAGAUGCUGCUUUCUGUUGCCUCCUGUUGGUCAAACUCAAUGAGAAGUGAGUGCGGGAUAUUAUCUCACGAGCCAAGCGAACCAGGCGUAACCAGGCCCGAAUUCCCGCUUCGACGUUUCCACCGUGACAGAAGCUCGCACUUUUGAAACCCCUUAGAGGUCCGGCGGCAAGCGCUGUUGAUAUGCACCUUGACAACGCCCCACGGCCAAGGGCAGCCGGGAUCCCAGGGCCGACAGCCUUCACAGACCCACGACGACUGGAG